AUAGCCAUGGGCAAAUCCACCGUUUGCGACUGGCUGCGGGAGCUUGGGGUGCCAGUGCUAGACUCGGACCAGGUGGUGCACCAGCUGUACAACGGCGGCACAGCGGUGGCACCCGUGGAGGCGGCAUUCCCGGGUGUUGCCAUAGAUGGAGCCAUCAGCCGCCCCGAGCUGAGCAAGCGGGUGGUGGGGGACCCCGAGGCGCUGCGCCGCCUGGAGGCGCUGGUCCACCCGCUGGUGGCGGCCGAGAAGCGGCGCUGGCUGGCGGCGCAGGCGGCGGCGGGGCAGGCGCUGGUGGUGCUGGACGUCCCGCUGCUGUUUGAGACGGGGGCGGAGGCGCAGUGUGAUGCUGUGGCUGUGGUCAGCGCGCCGGCGGAGCAGCAGCGGCAGCGGGCGCUGGCGCGGCCGGGGAUGAGCGAGGAGAAGCUGGGGGCCAUGCUGCAGCGCCAGGUGGCGGACGCGGAGAAGCGGCGGCGACUUUGUCAUAGACACGGUGAGAGGGGGUGGGCUGUAGGGGAGGGGCAGGUGUGA